GUUCGGCAGUGUUGACAUUACAGUUUUCUCAUUUCUGAUUUGCGUACGAUUAUACUUGAAAACUAUAAUGUUAUCUCAUGACAUUAUGUAUCCCCUACUUUGUUUGUAAUUUUAAAAAUUUUCCGUUGGGAAAUAAGUAGCAGAAAGUUUCGAAAUUUUUCCCUAGAGUUUGAUUCCUUUUUCGUUGGGUGGAAUUCAUUCCAAACGUCAAAUUUUUAUUCACUUGUCACUAGAUAACAUGAAGGGAGAAAUUUGAAAGCAAUUCUGUACGUUACACGGUGUAUCAUAUCGCUAUUUUAGUUGCUGAUGCGAUGUUUAAUGCUUUGAAAAAGCUUGUAACUAGCCAUGAUGCCACCACAAAAGGGCUUCCACCACCUGGAGUUCAAGCAAUGGGACUCUCUUUGCAGCGAAAGUUUGCCAAAGGGGUUCAGUAUAACAUGAAAAUAAUCUUAAAAGGAGACAGAAAUGUUGGAAAAUCAUGCCUUUUUGCAAGACUUCAAGGAAAGAAAUUUGUGGAAGAAUAUAUGCCAACUGAGGAAAUUCAGGUUGCUAGUAUUCAGUGGAAUUAUAAAGCUACUGAUGAUGUAGUGAAAGUUGAAGUUUGGGAUGUCGUUGAUAAAGGAAAGAAAAGGAAAAAGAUUGAUGGUCUUAAGCUUGACAAUAAAAUUUCUGAUCAAGUUCCUAAAGAAGCUGCGUUAGAUGCAGAAUUUAUUGAUGUAUAUAAAGGCACAAAUGGAGUUAUUAUGGUGUUUGAUAUCACAAAACAAUGGACGUUUGCUUAUGUUCAACGGGAAUUGCCACUUGUUCCUCAUCAUAUUCCAGUUUUAGUUUUAGCCAAUCAUCGAGACAUGGGACAUCAUCGCACUGUGACGGAAGACCAGGUCAAAUAUUUCAUUGAAGGUCUAGAUAGGCCUAAAGGAAGUGCACAAAUUAGAUAUGCAGAAGGUUCCAUGAGAAAUGGUUUUGGUCUGAAAUAUUUGCACAAGUUUUUUAAUCUUCCAUUUUUGCAGCUACAGAAAGAAACACUUUUGAAGCAGCUUGAAAUAAAUAAUAGUGAAAUAUUGGCGACAGUGGAUGAAUUGGAUUGUUUAGCCGAAUCAGAAGAACAGAACUAUGAUGUAUUCUUAGAUAAUCUAACAAAUCGACGCAGGCAAGUGGCUGAACAACUGUCCCAGGUGUCUUCAGCAUCAAUUGAGUCGGUUAAUGCGUUUUCCAAUGCUCAAGUGAAUAAUACGUCUUGCGAAACAUCUCCUACUGGAAUGAGCGAGCCAGCACAAUUGUUCCAGAAGAGUAACAAAAGCAUCUCCAUGCCAGCUAAUCUCUCUCAGUCCCUACAAGAGAAUUCUUAUUCACCGAUGGUUAUUGUGCCUCCUGCACCUGCUGCAGUUCCUGCCCAAGAGGUAAAACAAGAAUCUGGAUUUAUUUCUAGAUUGUUCAAUAAAUCUUCAAAUUCAAGUAGUCCAAACACAGUAGAAAUCAAUGGUAAAAAUGAAACGACUUCUUCUGGCAUCAUUGCUUCACCAGACGAUAGUGUCACCAGCGUUGAUGACUUUGUGCCAGACGAUGCGGAUCAAACUUUUAACUCCUUUCUUGAAGAUUCUCCUACAAAAGCUGCAUCAGAAAAACCUGCUGAUGUUCCUGAAGAAGAAUCUGAGAGUGAAGAAGAGUCUGUUAAUCCUAUGGUUGCUGGCUUUCAAGAUGAGCUGGACCCAGAAGAUACGGUGGCUGCUAUUCCAGACGUAAUUGCUCAAGACGACACUUCAGAACACAGUGAUAAUCCUGAAGAACAAAAAGUCCCUCCAAUAUCUCUUCCUGAAAGAAAAUUGUACACAUCUCCUUCCACUCUACAAGCUCCUCUAGACCCUGUGCAGAACACUGCUCCUAACCCUCUCAAUACGCAGCUAAAUAUGCUUCAACUUGAAGACGACGAUUUAAAUGCAUUGGAAAUAAUGUAUGAUUGCAAAAGGAAAACCAGUGAGACACCCAGUGUGAGAAGUCGAUCCUCUCCAAGUGCCACUCCUGAAGGGUCUGAAGCUGUGAGCGAAGAUAACAGUUCCACAAGGAGUAAAAAAAAUAAGCACAAAAACAAAAAUAAG